AUGAAGAUCUACUACAUUGGAGUGUUCCGCAAUGGGGGCGAAAGGGCGCUCGAGCUCACGGAAGUGAAGGAUUUAUCGCAGUUUGGGUUCUUCGAGAGAAGCAGUGUGGGACAGUUUAUGACGUUUUUCGCAGAGACGGUGGCCACCAGGACCGCCGCAGGCCAGAGACAGAGCGUCGAAGAGGGCAAUUACAUCGGACAUGUCUACGCCAGAGCGGAAGGGCUCUGCGGCGUGCUCAUCACCGACAAGGAAUACCCUGUUAGGCCGGCGUACACGCUGCUGAACAAGAUAUUGGACGAGUACGCGAUUGCACACCCAGCCAGCAGCUGGAAGUCGGUUGCGCAGACCAACGACUCGCUGAAGAUGCAAAACUUGGAUAUGUACAUUAAGAAAUACCAGGAUCCGUCCCAGGCGGACGCGAUCAUGAAGGUCCAGCAGGAAUUGGACGAGACCAAGAUCGUGUUGCACAAGACCAUCGAGAACGUGCUGCAGAGGGGCGAGAAACUGGACAACCUGGUCGACAAGUCCGAGUCGCUCACCGCGAGCUCCAAGAUGUUUUACAAGCAGGCCAAAAAGACCAACUCGUGUUGCAUUAUCAUGUAG